AUGGAGAAUACCGAAAUUUCACAAGAGAGCCUCAGCGACCUGAGAAGUCAGAUGGUUUCUGUGGAGCGAUGUCCACUGUCCAGUCGAGCCGUAGAGAUUUACGCCUCCUGUUUCUCCACCACCAGCGUUUGUAUCCCCAACAUAAUGCCACUAGUUACUCUACUCUGUAGGGCCGCAAAGAUCCGGCUGGGUUCCACUGAUCGUCAACGUUCCCUCUCGGGCAGUUUGAGUAGUCUCUUUGAAGGUAGCGGAGCUCAGCGUCAAGAACAACAGUCCGUGGUCCCCGGCGUCACCCCUGUACCAUCUCCUGGCUUGACUGCCUACCUGGAUACGGCUCGACGUGUUUUUCGCACCGUAAACGCGCGGAGAAACAGCUCAUCAUCUUCUUCCUGCCUGUCUUCUGCAACCUCACAGACACCCCUUUGGAUUGAAAAGUUGGAGUUGGAGUGGCAGUUUGAGGUAACCCAUCAAGACCACUAA